ACACUAUUGCAUAUAUAAAUUGCUUUUCUCCUCAAGAUCUGAGCAUUAACGGAAGCAAUAAUCUUCUUUAGCUAUACAACUCUAAUAUGUCUUCUUCCUCUUCAGCCAAUGAUUUCUAUCUCAACAAGAACCUGUUGAGGACUGAUGCUCUUCAUGAGUACAUAUUAGAGACGAGUGUUUACCCAAGAGAGCAUGAGUUACUUAAAGGAUUGAGGGAGGAGACUGUCAAAGUACAUGAAAGGUCUUUUAUGGGAGUGCCUCCUGAUGAAGGGUUGCUUCUAUCUAUGCUGUUGAAGCUCAUGAAUGCAAAGAAAGCUAUUGAAGUUGGGGUUUUCACUGGAUAUUCCCUUCUCACUACAGCCUUGGCUUUGCCAGAGGAUGGAAAGAUAACGGCGAUUGACGUAGACAAGUCAGCGUAUGAGAAAGGUUUGCCAUUUAUUCAGAAAGCAGGAGUUGAACAUAAGAUAAAUUUUAUCGAAUCAAAGGCACUUGCUGUUCUCGAUAAAUUGCUCGAAGAGCUGAAGGAAGACGAGCUCUAUGACUUUGCGUUUGUCGACGCUGAUAAAACAAGCUAUGCAGAUUACCACGAGCGACUAGUGAAGCUUGUCAGGAUCGGUGGUCUCAUUGCAUAUGAUAACACUCUCUGGUAUGGAACAGUAGCAGAACCAGAGAACCCCUCAAUUCCUCCGAACGCCAAAAUAAUCAGGGAGGCUGCAAUUAAGCUGAACAAGUCCUUAGCUGCAGAUACUCGCAUCGAGUUAUCGCAGGUUUCCAUCGGUGAUGGCCUCACCCUCUGCAGGCGUAUUGCGUAAUUAAUUUGUGUUGUUCUUGGUUCAAUAAGAUAUGUACUUCAAAUCGGAUUGGAGUUGUUUGUGUUAUGAAGUUGGCCAAUGUUAGUGCGUUGCUUGAGUAUGGAAGUUGUUCUCAUAAAUUCAUUCCAUACGUGUUGAACACUUUAUCUGAGGGGCUGUUUGAUUAAUUUGCUUGGAAAGUCACCUGAGA